ACCCUGUAGCCGUACCGCGUCCGACUUUGUCAUCGAGUUUUCAUCUACAUGAUUCUGUGGUCAUUGGAGAAUUCGAUCUGUGAACGUGAGAAGCGCAUCUAUGUAAUGUUUGUAUUCAUAUUCCUUGCUCCAGUUCCUUUUGUCGACAUCGUUCGUCGUCGUUUCCGUUUUUCUAUUUUGCUGUUGAGCAACUAUAUGUUUUUAGAAAUUUGCUUUUUAACUACGCCAAAGUCAUUUCAAACGACGACGAACGAUGUCGACAAAACGAACUGGAGCAAGGAAUAUGAAUACAAACAUUACAUAGAUGCGCUUCUCACGUUCACAGAUCGAAUUCUCCAAUGACCACAGAAUCAUGUAAUCAUGUGGAAUCUCCCUUACGUGUAUUACCCCUAUGCCAACUUUUGGUAUUUUAAAUUUUGUUCAAAAAGUUUGGUCAGUAAGGUUAUAAAGAAUUAAACAAUAUUGUAAUUGCUAGACUAUAUUAUAGAAAAAUGUUUGAAACUGAUGAAUGGGAGAUUGAUGAGGAUUAUUUGAAGGAUUUCAAUGCCGACGAAGUUAUUAAGGAGUUUGAUAAUGAAGGAAAAAAUGAAACAGAUAAAUUAGGUAGCGUAAGCAAAACAAAAUCUACAAAUACUUCAAGAUUUGAGUUUAAUUGUAGCACUUCAGAGAAUGCGCCUAAAAAAGAAAAGGAUAAAUUUGUGGAUACAGUUUCUAGAAAAAAUGCUAUCUUAGAUAUAUUUAAGAAUGCAGAUAAUUUAAAUGCAAGCACAUCUUCAAAUAGUUUGGUUAUGCAUAAUACUAGUCAACCAACAAUUCCUGCAAUGAAUACAGUAAACAUUUUUAGAAAAAAUUUAGUUUUGGAUGUUUUUCAAGAAAAUAAAUGUAGUGUGCCUAAAAGAAAUUGUACAAAAGUCGCAGAUCUUAAGUCUGUGCUAAGGAUUCCAGAAGAAACAUUAGAAAUUAACAAUGAAAAUAAGUUAAAGCGUAAAAAAAAUGUAGCAUUCUCAGAAUCUGUCAAUGGUAAUAAUUCUGCUAAAAAGAAAUGUGCUUCAACAUUAAAUGUAUUAUCUAAUACAACAAGGGAAUCUAGUUCAAUACAAAAUUUAUUACCAUCAAGAACUAUAGAAACAACUUUAAACAGUAAAAAUCAUCUAAACGAUACUCGGAAAGAAAUAAUGGUUGGUUUACUUAAAUCUCCAGUUCAAAAAAUUUCAAAAAUAACACGAAUUAGUGCGCCGCACGCAGUUACAAGACAAUUUCCAGGACCUGCAGGACUUCUGCCUGAUGAUGUUAAUGAAUCUGAAAUAAUUGAUUUAGAAUCUGUAGAUGUAAACAAAAAUAAUAGAACUAACAAGUAUACAGAUAUUUGUUCUCAAAACACCAAAAAUUUAUUUACUACUGGAGCAUGGCAAUUGAUGACAGAUGACUUACCAGCUGAGUUUGAACUCUAUGAUAUUGCAAGUGUGAAGGAAAAUGCUGUAGAAUAUAGUAAGGCUUAUAAAAAAAUUCCAUAUCUUGCUGGUAUAAUCCAAUACAUAGAUUAUAAACCGAAUGAUCCACAAGUUGUACUUAAAGAUCUAACAGGCAAGAUUGAUGCUCGUAUUCAUCACAGUAUUUGCAAGUUAUAUCCCAAUGCUUUAGGCACACAGAUUGUUAUACUUGUAAAAGAUGUUGGACUCAUUGUGACUAGUAAAAAAUAUGUAUGUUUAAUCAUUUCACUCAAAAAUUUGGUAAGCUUGUACUCUGAUGAUGCACGGUUAGUUGAAACACCUCAUUUGGAAAAAUUGCUUGAUAAUAAUUUCAAUUGUAACUUAAAUCAAUCUCAAAUAAGUGUACUUGAUGAAGAUUAUGAACAUACAAAAAAACAAAAUACAGAAAUGUUAGAGAACAAACAGCUUUUAUCAAAAGAUAAUUCAAGUACUGCAAAGAAUAAAGAAUCUAUGCUUAUAAAAUUAUGCAUUGAGAAAUCUAAUGAUAAACAACAAACAAAGGAUGUUAAUCAGUUAGAUGGUCUGCAAGAUUUUGAUUUUGAUGAAAAUGAUUCUUGGCUAGGUGUUAAUUUUGAUGAUUUAAAUUCUUUUAAAUGUAAUCAAUUUCCAUCAUCAACUCCUAUGGAUACGAAUGAGAGGAAUGAUUUAGUUAAUGAAUCAACAAGUGCUGCCAAAAUUAGCGAUGAUUUUACAAGGUCUAGAAUAUUAUGUGAGGCAUCAGAUGAAAGAAAAGAAUUUUGUCUACCUGCAAAGAAAAAUAAUGACGCACCAAAUAUUUCAAAAAACUUGAUUCCAGCUACACAUUUUGAAAAGGACACUAAAUUAUUUGGUGAUGAUUCAGAUGAUUCAGAUGAUGAAGUGCUAUCUCAACUAGAUGUGGAUGCUAUUGCAGCAAGUUACAAUGGAUAGAACCUAAACAAGUUUUCAGUUAAAAAGUGUGUGUACUAUUGUUGCUAGUUAUACAAAUAGCAGUAUUAUUAGCCAAUACUUUUGUACUAUAAAGCAAAAGCGUUUUAUUUAUUUAUAAUUUAUGUAUGAGUGAAAAAACGGAGAUGAUGACAAACUUUGUACUGGUACAAAGUAUUAUGAAACUAUUUAUUAUAUAAUUUAUUGAUUUCCAACUAUUUUUUAAAUAAUAUAAUUAAUAUUUAUGGAAUGUUAAUCUUUAAAAAUUCUACAGUUCAAUUUGAUUAUAAAGGAAGUUUAUGGAUGAUGAAUAACUUUCAAAGUUUCACAAUUGUCUAAUUUAGAUUGUGAUUAGUUUGAUGAGAUGUUGGUGCAUUUUGUAAUAAUAUUUAGCAUUUAAGAAUUUCAUACUUUAUGUACAGGGAUUAGUAAUAAGUAAUAUCAAACUAGCGUUUAUAGUUAUGAAUAAGCUUGACAUUAAAAGUUAAAACACUUCACAAUACGUCGUGGAUUAUAAUUCUACAAAUAAUACUAAAUUCUUCUAUUAGUAUUAUAAUUCCAUUAUUAGGUCUGCGUUAUGUAUGAAGUUUCUUAUUUAAUGAUUCAUUAUAUACCAUUGAACAAGAACUAAUAGAUGAAAAUAUUAAUGAAUGCAACUUUUAUUUAAUUACAAUUAUAACUAUAAACAUUUAAUUAAAUAUUAUAAAAAUCUACUUUGAAUUAACAAAAUUAAAUUGAUAAUUAAAAU